GCGGGGGGGGGCGGGACCGGGGUUUCCUGUUGACUGCCGCUGGGGCUCCGUCACAUGACCGGAGAGCACAAGGAGGAACGGCGGCGCCGGAUUCGCCAUGGCGGUGGAGGGCGGAAUGAAGUGCGUGAAGUUUUUGGUGUUCAUCUUUAACUUUAUCUUCUGGGUGUGUGGCGUGGCCCUGGUGGCCAUCGGCAUCUAUGCUCACCUGGCCCUCAACCAGGCUGUGGUGGCAGGCAGCAGCUCAGCAGCCAGCAGCCCCGUAGCCAUCAUGGUGGUGGGCAUCAUCAUCUUCUUCGUUUCCUUCUUCGGCUGCUGCGGGGCCUGGAAGGAGAGCUACUGCAUGGUCACCACGUUCGCCGUUCUGCUCAGCAUCAUCUUCCUGGUGGAGAUCGCCGCUGCCAUCGCCGGUUACGUCUUCAAGGAUAAGGUCCGUUCAAUGCUGGAGGAGGGGCUGUGGGACACCAUGAGUAAAUACGGCGAGGAUGUGCCACUGACAGAGGCAGUGGACAGACUGCAGGAGGAUUUCCACUGCUGUGGUUCCAACAACUACACGGACUGGGCCACCCUUGAGAGGUUCCGGGUUAAUAACACUGUGCCACACUCCUGCUGCCGUGUCAACACCACCAACUGCAAUGUGAACCCCACUGCCAGCACCAUCUAUGUAGAGGGCUGCCAGAAGGGCAUUGAAGUGUGGAUGAAGAAGAACAUCCUCAUCGUGGCCGCUGUUGCGUUGGGCAUCGCCUUCUUUGAGAUCCUGGGCAUCAUCUUCACUUGCUGCCUGAUGAAGGGCAUCCGCAGUGGCUACGAGGUCAUGUAGCCCCCUCCCCCAGGGGUGCUGUGCCAAGCCCACCCACACCCUGCCCUCGCUGCUCCCACCCAGGGGGGCUCCAGGUGGGAAGGGGAGGCGGGGGGGCUGCUCGUCCUGGAGCAGAGCCCCCAGUGUGUCGAUUGUCACUGCCGCUGGAGCCCCCCCUCUGAGUGCCAAAAGGGGCUGGGGGACUGGGAAAUAAAAGAAAAAGCUUCCUUA